GUUGUUAUUGCUCUUUUGUUUAUUCCUUACUCUCUCUCUACAGAUUUGUAGAAUCUACUCUUGUCUAUCUCCUCCAGUUGGAAUAUAGAGUGAAAUGUUCUGUAGAUGAAACCAAAACAAAUUUCUCAACAAGAUUCACAAAUAUUCUUAUUUUCAAUUUAAUUAUUUUUAUUUUCUUGUUCAUUUUCCUCUUCAUCAUCAGAGACAUAAUCAGUCAGACAUCUUUACAGCUUCUGUUUCUUUUAGUUUGAGAUUUCUAUUCCUUAUAUUUCAGACAAAAUUUGUAAGAAACUUCAGUUUAUAAGAGGAAGUUUAGAAGCCCACUCGAGGAAGGAAUCUUCGAGAAUAUUGUAUCCUCUGAACCAACGAAGCACAUUACUUCUCCAUGGAAGAUAGUAAUUAUCUUCAAACUGAGAACACGGUUAUGGACAAUGAGUUCAUGGAUGGAUUGCUACUAGAUGGUUGCUGGUUAGAGACAACAGAUGGAUCUGAGUUUCUUAACUUAACUUCUUCUGAUCCAUCUUCCUUCAUGUGGCCUCCAGCUCAAGAUACAUCAGCAAUCUGCACAUCAGAAGUAGUAUCUCAGACGUACGGUCAUCAUGAUUGUGCAAGUCUUGAUGAGUUUCAAUGGAACAAAAGGUGGUGGAUUGGACCAGGAGGUGGUGGUUCUUCGGUCAAAGAAAGAUUGGUUCAAGCAGUUGAACACAUUAAAGAUUACAUAACAGAGAGAGGCUCGCUUAUACAGUUAUGGGUUCCGGUUCACAGAGGUGGUAAGCGAGUUUUGACCACAAGAGAACAACCUUAUAGCCACGAUCCGUUGUGUCAGAGACUCGCAAACUAUAGAGAGAUCUCUGUGAACUAUCACUUCUCUGCUGAGCAAGAUGAUUCCAAGGCCUUAGCUGGUUUGCCUGGAAGGGUUUUCUUGGGGAAGCUUCCUGAGUGGACUCCUGAUGUUAGGUUUUUCAGGAGCGAGGAGUAUCCUAGAGUCUAUCACGCUCAGGACUGCGAUGUCCGUGGGACGCUGGCCAUUCCAGUGUUUGAGCAAGGGAGUAAGGUUUGUUUGGGUGUUAUUGAGGUUGUAAUGACCACAGAGAUGGUUAAACUAGCACCUGAGCUUGAAAGCAUCUGCAGAGCACUUCAGGCAGUUGAUCUUAGGAGCACUGAAGUUCUGAUUCAGCCUUCUCUAAAGGGACGUGACUUAUCCUACAAAGCUGCACUACCUGAAAUCAGAAACCUCCUGAGAUGUGCUUGUGAGACGCACAAACUCCCUCUAGCUCAGACAUGGGUCUCUUGUCUUCAUCAAAGCAAAAGCGGGUGCCGUCACAACAAUGAGAACUACAUCCACUGCGUGUCAACCAUUGAUGAUGCAUGCUAUCUCGGUGAUCCAACUGUCCGUGAGUUCCAUGAAGCUUGCUCUGAGCAUCACCUCUUGAAAGGCCAAGGGGUUGCAGGACAAGCCUUCUUGACCAAUGGACCUUGCUUUUCACCUGAUGUAUCUAACUACAAGAAGUCUGAGUACCCUCUCUCUCACCAUGCUAAUAUGUUUGGUUUGCAUGGCUCGGUUGCAAUACGACUACGCUGCAUCCACACGGGAUCUGUUGAUUUUGUCUUGGAGUUCUUUUUGCCUAAAGACUGUGAUGAUGUAGAGGAACAGAGGAAAGUGAUGAAUGCUCUUUCUACUGUUAUGACUCAUGUGCCUAGAAGCUUAAGGAUUGUCACAGAUAAGGAACUUGAAGAUGAGUGUGAAGUGAUAGUGACGCCAAAGAUAGAGAUCACAUCUGAACAUACCGAAGAUUGGUUACACCAAAGUAGUAAUCCUCAGAAUCUUGGAUUAAUAUUUGACGUGGGAGACAAGGCAAGUGAUGAGUUCGGUCUGAAAAGAGGUUUUGGUUACACCAAAGGUUCUAAUGUUAAUGAGAGAAGCACUUUCUCCAGUGGUGGGGUCGAGAAAAAGCGUACGAAAGCAGAUAAGACCAUAACAUUGGACGUUCUUCGACAGCAUUUCGCAGGAAGUCUGAAAGAUGCAGCAAAGAACAUCGGUGUUUGUCCAACGACCUUGAAGAGGAUAUGCAGGCAACAUGGUAUACAGAGAUGGCCUUCAAGAAAGAUCAAGAAAGUGGGACAUUCUCUGCAGAAGAUCCAACGAGUGAUUGAUUCUGUUGAAGGUGUUUCAGGUCCUCUUCCCAUAGGCUCAUUCUACUCGAGUUUUCCUCACUUAGCCUCGUCACAGGAACCACCCCUACAAGGCAAAACCUUUCCUCCUCCACAGCCAUUGCAGCUUUCAAGGUCACCUGUUUCCCCAUACAGUCACAGUUCAAGCUCCAGCCAAUGUUGCUCCAGCGAAACCCAACUAACAGCAACUGAUGUAGGAGGAGGUGUAUUGACUCUUUCUAGUUUAGAAAACAUCCCUCAAAGUACCAACCUGUCGUCGUCAUCUCAAGAUGAUGACUUUCUGAGGAUUAAAGUUAGCUAUGGAGAAGAGAAGAUCAGAUUUCGGAUGGGGAACUCACGCAGGUUAACUGAUCUACUGUGGGAGAUAGGGAGGCGUUUUAGCAUAGAGGAUAUGAGCAGGUGUGAUCUAAAGUACUUAGAUGAAGACAAUGAAUGGGUUUUGUUGACUUGUGAUGAAGAUGUAGAAGAGUGUGUAAGUGUCGGCAGAACCACACCGAGUCAUACCAUUAAGCUUCUGCUUCAUGUUUCUUCUCAUUGUUACAGUUCAUGGCAAUGACCUUUUUUUUUAUGUUUACAAAUGUUCAUAAUUGUCAUACAUUAUAGGAAAAAAUAAGUAUAAAAUUUUUCUUU